CGAACCCCAUCACCCUCAGAAAUCCGCCGUUGACGUAUCAUGGCUGCGGCCGGAGAUUUGGGCAGCUUUCGUCCUGGAGAGCAGUACCAGAUCCAAGAAGUAGUUGGCGAGGGAGCCUAUGGCGUCGUGUGCUCUGCGGUGGAUCUUCGAACUGGCGGGAGGGUUGCGAUCAAAAAGAUAACCCCAUUCGAUCACUCGAUGUUCUGCCUUCGCACUUUGAGAGAAAUCAAACUGUUACGGCAUUUCAAGCACGAGAACAUCAUUUCUAUUUUGGAUAUAACGAGACCGCAGAGCUUUGAGAGCUUCAACGAAGUGUACCUCAUACAGGAGCUAAUGGAGACGGAUAUGCAUCGCGUCAUCCGUACUCAGGAACUCUCAGAUGAUCAUUGUCAAUAUUUCAUCUACCAAACUUUGCGGGGUCUGAAAGCCCUUCAUUCGGCCAACGUUCUACAUCGAGAUCUCAAACCGUCGAAUCUUCUGUUGAAUGCUAAUUGCGACCUCAAAAUAUGUGAUUUUGGUCUAGCACGGUCUGCUUCCCCCCCGCCUGGUGUUCAGCUUGAUGCCGCCACAUUCAUGACCGAAUAUGUUGCUACAAGAUGGUACAGAGCCCCGGAGGUCAUGCUGACAUUCAAAGAAUAUACUCGUGCUAUUGACGUUUGGUCGGUUGGAUGCGUGCUAGCGGAGAUGCUGAGCGGUAAGCCCUUGUUCCCAGGACGGGACUAUCACCACCAAUUGUCCAUCAUUCUGGACGUUCUUGGGACGCCGAGUCUCGAUGACUUUUACGCCAUCACCAGCUUGAGGAGUAGAGAGUAUAUUCGUGCACUCCCUUUUAGGAAGAAGAAGCCAUUCACACAACUCUUUCCGAAUGCAAACCCCCUGGCUGUUGACUUAAUGGAACGCUGCCUUACAUUCAAUCCGAAGAUGCGAGUUACAGUUGAGGAGGCGCUGGGACAUCCAUACCUAGAGCCUUACCAUGACCCUACCGAUGAGCCUGAUGCGGAGCCGCUUGAUCCGUCUUUCUUCGACUUCGAUUACACGAAAGAGCCCCUCAAUAAGGAGCAGCUCAAAGUUCUUAUAUAUGAGGAGAUAAUGCGCGAUUCGAUGUGAUAAAUUGUUAUAUCCCCGCUCACCGUGCCUCAUGCCAUGUACUGUGAUACCCCGCAUCUUGAAUUAGCUGUAACGUAAACCAUGCCUCUUGCAAUGU